UAUAAUAUCUUGAUUCCACAAGAACUGUGGGUAUUAUGAGAGGUGAAGAAAACAUGUUUAUGACAUAGGCCUUCCUGUACCAAAACAGAUUAUGCAUAUUUUUGUUCUCCUUGUCAUACGUGUUGUAUGAAUCAUAGGGAAAUAAGUAUCCAGAAUGCAUUUAUUAGUAUUUAAUGAUGAGAAUAUGGAGGUAUAAUGCAAUAUUAAUACAAGUGACUUAUUCUUAAAAAUCACUGCAUAAGUGUACAGCUGGAGCUGGACCACAGUGAGACCACUUUAUUAGUGUACAGCUGGUGCUGGACCAAAGUGAGACCACUUUAUUAGUGUACAGCUGGUGCUGGACCAAAGUGAGACCACUUUAUAGUGUACAGCUGGAGCUGGACCAAAGUGAGACCACUUUAUUAGUGCACAGCUGGAGCUGGACCAAAGUGAGACCACUUUAUAGUGUACAGCUGGUGCUGGACCAAAGUGAGACCACUUUAUAGUGUACAGCUGGAGCUGGACCAAAGUGAGACCACUUUAUAGUGUACAGCUGGUGCUGGACCAAAGUGAGACCACUUUAUAGUGUACAGCUGGUGCUGGACCAAAGUGAGACCACUUUAUUAGUGUACAGCUGGUGCUGGACCAAAGUGAGACCACUUUAUUAGUGUACAGCUGGUGCUGGACCAAAGUGAGACCACACUGGGAACUUGUGAGAAUGUAAUGAAUGUAAGAGUACUGGAGUGAGAGCUGCCAGCUUCAGUAAUGACUUGUGACCUCACUCUGAGGCAGUGUUGGAGACGCUUAUGGCCGCCACACCUUAUACACCUCCACGCCAACAACAUCCUCCUCACCUUGCCUCCUCAUCACCAUUUUCCUUGUCUAGUCACCAUUUUCUUUGUCCAAUUAACGCUCAUUUAACAACAACAAUUUAAGAAUUAACAACAUUUUUAUAAUCAACAUUUCCUAUCCAAACAAAAAAGUAUAACAAACUUUUGCUAAAUUAGCUGGCAAAAUAUUUUAAACACAUCUAUCACUAACAAAUUAAAAUUUUUAGUAAAUUGCUUGAGGUUAAAGUCAGAGUUGGGACGUUAUUACACACAUUUAAACCAUGUGUUUAAAGGAAUAAAUAUUACCUACAUAAAAUUCAUAAACAUGAAUAAUCGGCAAGUUAUUGACAGAAAGCUGAUAAUUGUGAUGACUGAUAACACAAGAGUUAUCAGUGUGGCAUAAAUAAUACAAAGGCAUUCAGAGUGGGAUAAUUAACGCAAAAGUAAUCACAAAAAUAAUCAUUGUGGGAUAAUUAACACAAAUUUAAUCCGUGUGGGAUAAUUAGCACAAAAUCCGGUAAUAUUAGGAGCUGUAUUGGUGUUAAUGACAUGUAAACCCAGACAGUAUGUGAGACGCGAUGAUUGGUUGGAUGUAACAGGUUCUUAUCCAUCCAUGAGUUAUUAGUCACUGGUUACCAGUGAUCAUGACAGGAAGUAACCAGUUACCGGUGAUCAUGACAAGAAGUAACCAGUUACCGGUGAUCAUGACAAGAAGUAACCGGUUACCAGUGAUCAUGACAGGAAGUAACCAGUUACCAGUGAUCAUGACAAUAAGUAACCAGUUACCAUGACAAGAAGUAACCAGUUACCAGUGAUCAUGACAAGAAGUAACCAGUUACCAGUGAUCAUGACAAGAAGUAACCAGUUACCAGUGAUCAUGACAAGAAGUAACCAGUUACCAGUGAUCAUGACAGGAAGUAACUGGUUACCGGUAAUCAUGACAGGAAGUAACCGGUUACCGGUGAUCAUGACAGGAAGUAACUGGUUACCGGUAAUCAUGACAAGAAGUAACCAGUUACCAGUGAUCAUGACAGGAAGUAACCAGUUACCAGUGAUCAUGACAAGAAGUAACCAGUUACCGGUGAUCAUGACAAGAAGUAACCAGUUACCGGUGAUCAUGACAAGAAGUAACCAGUUACCAGUGAUCAUGACAAGAAGUAACCAGUUACCGGUGAUCAUGACAAGAAGUAACCAGUUACCAGUGAUCAUGACAGGAAGUAACCAGUUACCGGUGAUCAUGACAAGAAGUAACCAGUUACCAGUGAUCAUGACAAGAAGUAACCAGUUACCGGUGAUCAUGACAAGAAGUAACCAGUUACCAGUGAUCAUGACAAGAAGUAACCAGUUACCGGUGAUCAUGACAAGAAGUAACCAGUUACCAGUGAUCAUGACAAGAAGUAACCAGUUACCAGUGAUCAUGACAAGAAGUAACCAGUUACCGGUGAUCAUGACAAGAAGUAACCAGUUACCAGUGAUCAUGACAGGAAGUAACCAGUUACCGGUGAUCAUGACAAGAAGUAACCAGUUACCAGUGAUCAUGACAAGAAGUAACCAGUUACCGGUGAUCAUGACAAGAAGUAACCAGUUACCAGUGAUCAUGACAGGAAGUAACCAGUUACCGGUGAUUAUGACAGGAAGUAACCAGUUACUGGUGAUCAUGACAGGAAGUAACCAGUUACCAGUGAUCAUGACAGGAAGUAACCAGUUACCAGUGAUCAUGACAGGAAGUAACCAGUUACCAGUGAUCAUGACAGGAAGUAACCAGUUACCAGUGAUCAUAUCAAGGUAGGCCUAUUACCGGUUCACAAGAGCUGCCUUGGGGGUUUGUCUCAUCUAUAACAUUAACAACCUUUCCAAGACUCUAGACAAGCACAACAUAAAGGCGCGCAUGUGUUAAAAUAGUAAAGAAAAUGGAGUGAAACGUUUGGCGCAGUGUAAGGGUUAAUUAAAUUUAUGAGUAAUUAAAAAGUUUGGACACCAUUAAUUACAACAAACAUUGUUAGUACUCAACCAUUACGGAACCAGAAAUCGUCAAACAGCCACACAAUCCCAAGUAUUCAUGCCUGCCAAUUGUUCUCCGGACGUAUGGUCGUUAAUGAACCUAUAAUUCAAAUGCCUUCAUCGUUUGGAAAUGAUGUCAACAUAGAUCUUAAGAACAAAGUGUAACUAGUGACACCGAUGUGUAUGACGGUGUUAGAAAACACCACAACAGCGUCUCAGGUCGUGGUGCUUGACCUGACCUCCAGGGUCCUGCUGCCACCCCAACCCGUUCUCGCAAAUUUAAUAAGUCAAUAUUGACUUAUUAAAUUUGCGAGAACGGGUUGUGCCACCCACGGAGGUGGUGGUUGUUGUUAAAUAUUCACUACCUGGAACAAAGUUCCAAGUAGCACGGGCUAUGGUGAGCCCGUGCCACGGAGGUACACACGCUGUGAAAAAGAAGUCAUCGUCCUCUCUCUGACAGUAUUGGGAGCGCCAAACUAAAACCCGUUUGAACCGAAGCGGAAUAUAGUAGCCAGAUAAGGGGCCAGAUAAGGUAUUAUCAGAAGAAAGCUUCCUCCUCCCUCCGCGGGAGUGACAAAAGCCCAACAUUUACUCUCAAGCAAGGACAUAAUUUGUCUUUUUUUUCACUGUGUUCCACUCGAGCUGUGCUGAUAUCUUGUUGGAUAUUUCCCUACUUACAAUGUUAAGGGUGUGAACCUGUAUAGUUAAGGGUGUGAACCUGUAUAGUUUAGCGUGAACCUGUAUAGUUAAGGGUGUGAACCUGUAAAGUUUAGCGUGAACCUGUAUAGUUAAGGGUAUGAACCUGUAUAGUUUAGCGUGAACCUGUAUAGUUAAGGGUGUGAACCUGUAAAGUUUAGCGUGAACCUGUAUAGUUAAGGGUAUGAACCUGUAUAGUUUAGCGUGAACCUCUAUAACUAGGGGUAUGAACCUGUAUAGUUUAACGUGAACGUGUAUAGUUAAGGGUGUGAACUUGUAUAGUUUAGCGUGAACCUGUAUAGUUAAAAUUGUGAACCAGUAUAGUUAAUGGUGUGAAGCUGUAUAGUUAAGGGUAUGAUAUUCCCACAGUAGUGACCAAUUACCUAAUAAAUGUAUUUCCACGGGUUUAAUAGUCCAAAUUUCUUGUAUUGAGAGUAGGAAGAUAAAUUGGUAAGCCAUGCUUGGCUUGUUAGUGAGGCGGACAAGCCCCGACCCUCCCUCAGUGACAAGCCAAUCACCAGGACAUCUAAACUGGCCAGAAAAUCGCCAGGACCUGCGAGAUGGUCAGCCAGACCCGAGGACCUGGUAGACUGGACCAGCCCUGACUGCAGGUACUAAGCAGCACCACCACACACCUAUAAAACCUUCGAGUCUGUGGGUGACAGAAUGACUACUGACAGGUAUUUACACUUCCCAGAUGUCUAUAUAUGUUUAUAUAACUUAAGUGUUACAACCCACAAAUGAUGUUAUAAGAAUGUAUAUCUCUCUAUCAUGAUGUAUAUAUUGCGUGUUGUGGCUCUGUGUAACUUUUUAAAGUGAAUUUUGAAUCAAAUCAACUCCCAAUCAAGUCACAGUGAGUGACUCCCUGACCAGAGAACCAAAGACUUUCACCCUUUCUACGUAGACCUUGUGUGUUCUGGAGACCUGAAGGUCAGAUAAUGCUAACCCAUACGUGUCCAUAAACUCUAUAUUUUUAUUUAAUAUGCAGGUAUACUAAACCUUAGGGUAGUUUGAGUCACGAGAAAGAUUAUCUAUACAACAAACCUAUGUCGUUUUUAAUGUGUUACAUCUUGUGUGUGUGUGUGUGUGUGCGUGUGUGUGUGUGUGCGUGCGCGCGAGUGUGAGUGACU